GAGACGCAGCAACAGACAGACGUUGAUCUCAGAGACAAAAUGGCUUCCAUGUCAGAGAAGGAAUUCUACUGUCCGGUCUGUUCGGUCUGUCAUGAAGUCUUUAGAGAUCCUGUUCUUCUGUCAUGUAGCCACAGCUUCUGUAAAGACUGUCUGCAGAGCUGGUGGACAGAGAAACAGACACAGGAGUGUCCAGUUUGUAAGAGAAGAUCUUCAAAGUCAGAACCACCUCUUAACCUGGAGUUAAAGAAGCUGUGUGAGAGUUUCUUACAGCAGAGAGAUCAGAGAGCUUCAGAGGCUCUCUGCAGUCUGCACUCUGAGAAACUCAAACUCUUCUGUCUGGACCAUCAGCAGCCGGUGUGUGUCGUCUGUCUACAUUCAGAAAAACACUUCAACCACAUAAUCAGACCCAUCGAUGAAGCUGCACGACAACACAAGAAGGAACUCCAGGAAACUCUGGAGAACUUAAAGAAGAAGUUAAAGGUUUUUGAACAAGUUAAAGUGAAGUUUGAUCAAACAGCAAAACACCUGAAGGUCCAGGUCCGAAGCACAGAGACGCAGAUUAAGGAUCAGUUUAAGAAGCUUCACCUGUUUCUAGAAGAGGAAGAGGAGGCCAGGAUGGCUGCACUGAGGGAGGAAGAGGAGCAGAAGAGUCAGAGGAUGAAGGAGAAGAUGGAGGCUCUGAGCAGAGAGAUAGCAGCUCUUUCAGACACAGUCAGAGCCACAGAGGAGCAGCUGAGAGCUGAAGACGUCUCAUUCCUGAUCAACUACAAGGCUGCAGUGGAAAGAGUCCAGCAGAGCCCCCUGCUGGAGGAUCCACAGCUGCUCUCAGGAGCUCUGAUAGACGAGGCCAAACACCUGGGCAACCUGAGCUUCAACAUCUGGAACAGGAUGAAGGAGAUGGUUUCCUACUCUCCUCUGAUUCUGGACCCAAACACUGCUUAUCCAAACCUCAUCCUGUCUGAAGAUCUGACCAGUGUGAGACUUGGAGGAGACAGACAGAAGCUUCCUGAUAAUCCAGAGAGGCUUGAUUAUCUCUUCUCUGUCCUGGGCUCUAAGGGCUUUGACUCAGGGACUCACAGCUGGGAUGUCGAGGUUGGAGACAAUACAUACUGGCUACUGGGUGUGUUAGCAGAGUCUGUCCCAAGGAAGGGAGUCAUAUCUUCUGGAUUAUGGGCAACAUGGUUCUCUGGAUGUAAAUACUCAGCGUGGUCUCCACCAGCUCUACGCACUGAUCUUCCAUUUAAGAAGCAACUCCAGAGGAUCAGAGUGACUCUGGACUGGAACAGAGGAAAGCUGUCGUUCUCUGAUCCUGAUACUGACACACACAUACACACCUUCACACACACUUUCACUGAGAGGCUGUUUCCAUACUUUAGGCCUGGGGAUACAGUCCCACUGAAGAUAUCACCACUGAAGGUCUGUGUGACAAAACAACAGGUCUGAUAGUCGUUAGUUUGAAUGUGGUGAUUAGAGCUGAAACGAUUCCUCGAGUAACUUGAAAAAUUCGAUUACUAAAAAUCCUCAAUGUAAAAUGAUUUGCUUUAGAAGCUUCAUUUAAUUAAUGUUACCAACGUUGUAUCUGCUCACAGUGUUUCCGAACAAAGGAUUAUUACUGUCGCACAACAGGCUGAUGCUGCUUGCGACACAUGUCUUGAAGACAGAUUACAAAAUGAAGAAAAGAGUGUGAGGGCCUAAGAGAUGAGACAGUCUGGAGAAAACAGAAAGUGUCCAAAAUUUGGAAUCAGUUCAAACAUAAUUUAAACUAAAACUCUGUACAGUGUGUCUACUGCAAUAUCGAACUAGCUUAACAAAAUAAUAGCACAACGUCAAUGCUUCAGCAUCACAACAGAAAAAUUUCAGUCUAACUUAAUCAUCCAUUACACAAAGCGGACCCGACAAAAGUAAAUCAGUCGUAUGGACCAUGAAACUAUACCAAAAACAAAGACAAGAAAAUACAUAGUGGUGACCACAAUUUGGUCUGGUAACGCCGAAAAAAAAU